UAUAUAAAAGUUUGCUUUCCUUGAUCAUUAUGUCAAGGAUAUAUUCGUUCUCAAUUAAGGGUUCUUAAAUUGGGCUGCAUCGGUCCCCAACUGGUCUGACAGGAGUCCUAAAACAGGACCAGGAUGCACCAGCUGUUCAGCCAGGUGCUGGGGCAGAGGGACCUGUCCAGAGCGGGGGAUCUGUUUUCUUUGGAGGACACAGAGAUCGAAUCCUGUCUGUCUCAGGCUCUGGACCAGAUCAAGGCCAUCUCCUGCUCACCGGACUAUUUGACCAAUGACAAUGACCAGGCGGUGGUGGAGAUUUGCAUAACACGCAUCACCACAGCCAUUAGGGAGACGGGCUCCAUUGAGCGACACAGCACGGCACUGGUGGGGCUGUGGGAGUCGUGUCUUGAGCAUAACCUCACCCCUCAAGGUGAAAACACAGAGGACACGCCGCAUGCCAAGAUAGCCUCUGACAUCACCAGCUGUAUCCUGCAGAAUUACAGCUGUCCCUCGGUCAUGGUGCUGGCUGUCCCAGUAGCAGUGCGGUUCCUGCAGAGAGGAAACAGGGAGCUAAGCAGGAACAUGUCCAGUUAUCUCUCCCUGGCUGCUAUCGCUAAGGCUGAUCUGCUGGCUGAACACACGGAGGCCAUAACACUCAGUGUGCUGGGAGGUAACCACAUGCUGUUACGAGUGCUACCGUCAGUCUACCCGAAACAACCAGAUACCAUCCACUGUCACCUAGGCAACCUAACAGCAAUGACGUCACAGCUGGAGUCCCCAGAGCAACAACAUCUGAUCAGACUCAUUCAAAUUAUUGCUGAGCAACAUCCACUUAUGUUGAGCCCUCAGGUGCCCACACUUGUUAGUUACCUAGGAGACCAAUCCCUAACUGAAGCCCUGCUGGGUGUGCUCGUGGACGUUUCACAGGCCAGCCCCUCUUCAUUGGUCAGCUUUCUGCCAACGCUGAGGAUUGUUGGACAACAAUGCCCUGCUCUGCUAGGUCACGUGGCCAAAAUCCAUGGUGCCGUCGGUAUCAUUAGUGAGACUCAUGCUCACAGCUCGUUGGUCUACCUGGUGUCCUGUCUGGGCAGCAUGGAGCACAGCUUUCACCACACGCUGCUGCUGGAGAUCAGAGCUCUGACCGACCGCUAUCCAUCUCUACUGGGAGGCUGCGGUAAAGACAUCUACAGGAUGAGCAACUCAUUCACUGCUAUAGCCCGACUGCUGGGGAGAAGACUGGAGGAGAGCACGGCCAUGCACUGCAGGGUGAACGAGGCGUGUCCGCCAUCUCCCUGUGCAUCUCUCCCAGGGGGAGGAGGUGGAGGCAGGGGGCCGGAGCAGCGGCUGCAAGUAAAGACUCAGGCCUUUGAGGAGAAAAUGGGGGAGGAGGGGGGAGAGGAGGAGGAUUCUCCUGCACCCCAGCGACGCUACAGCCUGAGCCAAGCCGUCAGGGAGGAGAGACGAGAGAUGAGAUUCAACAGGUCAAAAAGCCUGGCCCUUCACGCUGUGCGCUCCCGCUCCAUCAACUCAGACACCGGGGAGGACGGUGAGGGCCUGGAGUCAAACUCAGACAACAUCCUCUCCAACACUUUGGUGAAACCACACUUAGAAAACCAGGAAGCACAGCCUGCUGAGAGGAAACUGACAGGCGAUGACUCGAUGCCAGUCACCACUGCUAUUAACAGAGGGGUCAAAGAUGCAGAGAAAGGUCAAAGAAGAGAGAAGGAGGAGCAGGAGGAUGCUGACAGGCUCUUCAUCCAUUUAAGAGACAACAUGGAGACGAUCAGAGAGUUCUGCAGAGACAUGGUGCAGCAGAUCCCCAUACCAGAGCAGUGUGUGAUCGAAGAUUCAAAUCGAGGAUGUGUGGCCAAGCUGUCGUUCUCCUGUCAUCUUAAGGGCCACUACUGUCUGUAUGCCAAGUCCUGUUUCAACCUUACCAGCAGACAACCUCAUCUGUGGAUACACAUCAUGCUGUUACAUCUACAGAGUAAGUCCAGUGUCCCUUUGUGCUCCAGGGAUGAGUGUGUCCAGAGGCUUGCCUCCCUCUGGGAGAAGACACAGCUAAAAGGAGCUCACAGCUUCCCCAUGGCUAUGACACAGCACCCCGCCCCACACAGGAAGGACCUGGACAGUCUCCAGAUUCAGCUGGAGGAGGUGCGUUUCUUUGAUCUGUUUGGCUACAGUGAGGAAGAAGGAGGAUGGCUCUGCUUCAUGUGUAACAACCCAGAGAAGGCCACAGUCGUGAACCAGGAGGGACAGCCUCUCAUCGAGGGGAAGCUGAAGGAGAAGCAGGUCCGCUGGAAGUUCAUCAAGCGCUGGAAAACCCGCUACUUCACCUUGGCAGGAAACCAGCUACUCUUCCGGAGAGGCAAAUCAAAAGAUGAGCUGGAUGACAUCCCAAUUGAGCUGAGCAAGGUGCAAAGUGUCAAGGUGGUAGCCAAGAAACGGCGUGAUAGAGGGCUGCCGCGGGCUUUCGAGAUCUUCACUGACAGUAAGACCUACGUGCUGAAAGCUCAGGAUGAGAAGCAUGCUGAGGAGUGGCUGCAGUGCAUCAACGUGGCCGUGGCCCAGGCCAGAGAGAGAGAGAACAGAGAGGCUACCACGUACCUGUAAGAGCAACAGUAACACAGAAGAGGACGUACUCUGUACAGACUACUGACAGUAAGGACCACGUAUACAAACUCAUACAUAAACAAACAAACGCUGAGUAAUAUUUGUUCAGCUGUACACAAAAACACACAACAUCCACUGCCAGUAGCAUAACUUUAUUUCUGUAAUUAUUUGUA